UUUUCGUCAGUGUUUUAUUGUGACACAAUUCUUACAUCAGGCACAUGGAUAAUACAUAAAACUUCUCUCUGGAACAACAAAUAUUUAUCCUUUCAUACAUGGUUCCAAAGAGAUAAAUUAUUUCAUUGAUGAAUUUGGCAUAAACAAUGAACAGUUUGUCUAUACACAGUUUUUCCAGUUCCUUUUAGAUAAUUCAUUUCUUUGACUCUUGCUUUUCUAAAUGUGUUAACUCAACUUAUGAAAAACCAUCUAAGAUAUGAUGAGAGUAAUAUAACACGGCCUUUACUGACGUUGGAUAGAAUUAAGAUAACAGAUAAAAAGUGUAACAAUAAGAAAAUUCACUGAUCAAAGAAAGUGAUGAAACUGCACCAAGAGACAAUUUUUUCUGAAGGUCCAAAAUUAAGAACAUAAACUGGAGAAGACCUCGGCUGUUACCUUAUGAGUAAUGCAUCUUAAAUAAGGCUAAAUACGUACACCUUUACACAAAAACUACCCCGCCAAUUAUCUUAUUGCCAAAUUUACAGACCAUAAUGCCUCCUGCUCCUUUUGUAAAAAAUAAUAAUAGAAAAUAUUUCUCUUUAAACGUCAGGAACAUUUUUUGUUAUUGUGAUAAUCCAGAGAAAAGCGCUCUUGAUAUUGUUUUUCUAAAUGCUAAACUUUUUACUUACAAGAACACGUUAUUUAAGUCAAUGAAUUUUGGCGAAUUUUUAGCUUUUGUCAUAAAAUGCAAGACUCUUCUCAAGUCACUCAGUUAUUCUUUGGUUCCUAAAAACGCCCUUGCAUCUUUUUGUCUCUUUUGUUUGUGCUAAUUUUACGCAAUCGUCUUGAUGUGUUUUAUAAAUAAUUAUGGAACACUUUUUUGGUUUUAUGUUUUUACAUGUGCUGUUAUUAACUACCUGAUGUUUUGUAUAUGCUUUUAUUUUUAUUUAUUAAAAAAAAAGGCGGUUUAUAGAUGAGUGAUUCACAGUAGAAUAGUAAUUUCCCGCCUCUACUGUGAAGGUGGAGGGUUCAUCAGUGUCCUAGUUUCUAUUGUUAGAACAAAUGUCUCCGCCCAGCAGAGCUCAACUACGUCCGCAGCAAGGAUUUAAAUAUCCACGUUCACAGCUUCUAACCUCCAAUUUUACAUCGGAAAAACCUAGACUCGGAAAAAAUGAGUGGUCGCGGCAAGGGAGGUAAAGGACUCGGUAAAGGAGGCGCUAAGCGUCACCGUAAAGUUCUCCGUGAUAACAUCCAGGGGAUCACCAAACCCGCCAUCCGCCGUUUGGCUCGCCGUGGUGGAGUGAAGCGUAUCUCCGGUCUGAUCUAUGAGGAGACCCGCGGUGUGUUGAAGGUGUUCCUGGAGAACGUGAUCCGUGAUGCCGUCACCUACACCGAGCACGCCAAGAGGAAGACUGUGACCGCCAUGGAUGUGGUGUAUGCUCUGAAGAGGCAGGGCCGCACUCUGUACGGCUUCGGAGGUUAAAU